CCCUCCUCAUCAUCAUCAUCCGGCUCUUGUUUUGCUCCUUCCUCCCCGGUGGCUCGCAGUGUGUUUCACUCAGGAACUGCGUGUAGGUCGGGUCUUCCUCGGACACCAUGCCCCACCUGCUCCUCCCAACUCCGGCUUCCUAACGCCGCGCCACCGGCUCCGCCUCACCGACUCCUCCCGCCGGGAAACCUCCAGCACCUGCCGCCGCAUCUCUCGCCACAUGACCGUCACAAAGAUGACAUGGCGUCCUCAAUACCGCAGCUCCAAGUUCCGACACGUGUUUGGGAAAGCGGCCACCAAGGAGAGCUGCUAUGACGGCGUGCCAAUCACACGCAGCGUCCAGGACAACAACUUCUGCACCGUCAACCCCCGUUUCCUGGCAGUCAUCACCGAGUGUGCGGGCGGGGGGGCCUUCCUGGUGCUGUCCAUCCAUCAUACGGGUAAAGUGGAUCCGCUCCACCCUCGGGUUUCGGGCCACAAGGGCAACGUGCUGGACAUCAAGUGGAAUCCCUUCAACGACUGCUGCAUCGCCUCCUGCUCCGAGGACACGACGGUGAAAGUGUGGGAAAUCCCGCCUCAUGGUGUGUUCAAGACCAUUACGGUUCCGUGGAAGGAGCUGCAGGGUCACAGCCGCCGGGUGGGCCUCAUCGAGUGGCACCCCACCGCCAAUAACAUCCUCUUCAGCACAGCCUACGACUACAAGGUCAUGAUCUGGAACCUGGACUGUCCGGAGCAGGUGAUCAAGAACCCGGUGCGGACCAUCAGCCACCACACGGACGUGGUCCUCUCCAUGUCUUUCAACACAGACGGCAGCCGGCUGGCCACCACCUGCAAGGACCGGAAGAUCCGGCUGAUGGAGCCACGCUCAGGGAGCCUUCUGCAGGAGGCGAACUGCAAGACCCACCGGGCCAGCAAGGUGAUAAUUCUGGGGAACCUAAAGUUGAUGCUCACCACAGGAACGUCCCGGUGGAACGACCGGCAGAUAGCCCUGUGGGAUAUGGAUGAUAUGUCUGUGCCUUUGUUAGAAGAGAAUCUGGACGGCUCCUCUGGGGCGCUUUUCCCUUUCUACGACCCCGACACCCACAUGCUGUAUCUCGCUGGCAAGGGUGACGGGAACAUCAGGUACUAUGAGAUCAGCUCAGAGAAGCCCUAUGUCCACUACCUGACGGAGUACCGCACCAUCUCGCCGCAGAAAGGAAUGGGCGUGAUGCCGAAGAGAGGGCUGGACGUCAGCUCCUGUGAGGUCUUCAGGUUCUACAGGCUGGUGACAAUCAAAAGUCUCAUCGAACCCCUGUCCAUGAUCGUACCCCGCAGGUCGGAGUCGUACCAAGAGGACAUUUAUCCCAUGACGGCCGGCAACAAGCCUGCGCUGACUGCUGGGGAGUGGAUGAGCGGCAUUGACAAAGGUCCAGCGCUGAUGUCGCUGAAGCCCGGAAACCAAGAGGCAGAGUCGUAUUCAGAGCUCAGCAAAGGCAACGGAAACUCGCUGGACAGCCGGCGGCCUCCGAGUCGACCCGGGAUGCUGCAGCUUUCCUACAUUCAGGACCAGCUGGGAGCCGGAGACGCCGUGUCCGGGGGCGACAGGUCACCGGUCAGCAACGGAGACGACCCGAGCCUGUGUUCGCCGCCGAAGACUGAGAGCGAGCUGCGUCUGAAGUUCCUCAAGCAGCAGGAGGAGAUCCGGCGGCUGAGGGAGCUGCUCAACCAGAGGGACGUCCGCAUCAAGCAACUGGAGCUGGAGAUGAAAAACAUCAGAAACUCUCAGACCUCACUUUAGGACCGUUUUUUUCCCACUCACUCACAUGCUGCACCUGAACUACCAAACUGUUUACUGCCUCCUCACGCUGUCCUCACCGCCGCGCUCCACCACACCCCCACCCCUACCUCACCCCCCCACACCACCGUUACACUUGUGCUUCCAACUGUUUCACACACUUUGUUGUAAAUACACACCUUGUACGCUGUUGUAAUCAUCAGAGCUAUGCAACGUUCUCCUGGUCUUCCGUGCUGCAGAGACUACAGGACCUGUGACUGAAUGUUUGCAGCGUGAGCUUCGUGGUUUUUUUUUUGUUUUGUUUUUU